AAUGACAAUUAUCCCUAAAACGCAUAACUAAAUAACACAGCAUACUCUCGAGUUCCGCUGCUACAGCUCAUUCCGCCGUCGCUGCCGCUCCAACGUUGCGCUGCUGCCGCUCCAACGUUGCGCUGCUGCCGCUCCAACGUUGCGCUGCUACAGCUCAUUCCGCCGUCAUUUUUCCAGUUUCAAAUUUUUCCGCCUUCUUUAGCUCGUGUAUGCUAAAGUCAAAAAUAUAAAGCAUGGGGAAAGCUUCAAGAGAUAAGAGGGAUAUUUACUACCGAAAAGCUAAAGAAGAAGGUUGGCGUGCUCGAAGUGCGUUUAAACUUCUCCAGAUAGAUGAGGAAUUUAACAUUUUUGAAGGGGUAAAACGUGUAGUAGAUCUAUGUGCCGCACCUGGUAGCUGGAGUCAGGUUUUGAGCCGUAAAUUAUAUCUGCCAGCCAAGCUUUCACAGGAUUCAAGUUUCAGAGAUGAUGACCAUCCUCUUAUUGUUGCUAUUGACUUGCAACCCAUGGCUCCAAUUGAAGGUGUUAUCCAAGUACAAGGUGACAUCACAAAUGCCCGCACAGCUGAAGUGGUAAUCAGACAUUUUGACGGCUGCAAGGCUGACCUGGUUGUAUGUGAUGGUGCACCUGAUGUAACGGGCCUUCAUGACAUGGAUGAGUUUGUUCAGUCUCAGCUUAUAUUAGCGGGACUAACAAUUGUCACACACAUACUCAGAGAAGGUGGGAAAUUUAUUGCAAAGAUAUUUCGUGGAAAAGAUACAAGUCUUCUCUACUGCCAGCUCAAAUUGUUUUUCCCUGUUGUAACUUUUGCAAAACCUAAAAGUAGCCGUAAUUCCAGCAUAGAGGCAUUUGCAGUUUGUGAAAAUUAUUCCCCUCCUGAAGGAUUUAAUCCAAAAGAUUUGCAUCGCCUCCUAGAAAAGGUGGGAAGCCCCUCAGGCAUGGAUGAUCUAGAUUGCAGUAGUGGGUGGUUGGAAGGACCAAAUAAGGUGUAUAUCCCAUUUCUAGCUUGUGGGGACCUUAGCGGGUAUGACUCUGACCGAUCAUAUCCGCUGCCGAAAGUUGCCGAGGGCACUUAUCAGAGCUUGGAUCCUGUACAACCUCCAAUUGCCCCUCCUUACAAGAGAGCUCUUGAAAUGAAGAAAGCCGCCAAUAAUGGCACCAGGGAUCUUGAAAAACUCUCUUUGGAUUCUUGAUCUUGCCUUAGAAAUUGCAUUUCUUCAGAGAAUGAUCUAUAAUUUAUAAGAAAUUGAGUUUGAUCUUUGCAAAGAGGAUGAAGAAUUCAAGAACUCGAUGCAAUCUUCUACUGCUUCAGCUCUUUGCGAGUCCAUAGCAUCUGCAACUGAUCUCGAUCUUGUCAAACUAGCCGAAGAAACUUUGCGCGAUGACUUUCUUCUCGUUGAUACUAAUCGUAUAACCCUUGCUACCUUAGCACCGAGUCGUCUCAAUAAUCUCGCCGGCGAAUAUUUUGAGCUUCUCGGCAGCCUAAGGGUGAAAAUUGCGACAACCCUCUUUCUAUUUGCACCUACUUUAGUUCCACCUCCAUGUUUAAGAAUGACUGUAGGCUUUUCAUGGACGUCGGGACUGAAACUCACCCGUUUGCUCGAUAUACUUGACAUUUUAUAUAGACGAAAACUAUUACAAUUCUAGUGGAAGCAAAUUCUAUUCUUUUUUUUC